AAAAAAUCGCCGAACGAGUCGGACGUGUGCGCUGCUGGGGAUGCUGGCGCUUUUUUCGCGUUCCGUUUUUUCGAGUAAACAAACACACAAAAAAUAUUGUUAACACAAUUUUGUCUGUUCUAUUGUGCGGAAACCGAGUGAGCGAGAGGGGAGGUACACGGAAACCGCAAGCAAAAGCAACAAGCGUGUGGGAAGAGGAAAUCGAAAGGGGAAAUUGUGAGUGUGUGUGUGUUCGUGAAAUAUGGAAAUUGAAAAUGCAAUUAAUCGUGAAUUAAUGGCAAGCCAUAGAAAUCGCUCAAUGGCUUAAAGUGCAAGAGAAAAGUGAGCUUUUUGUUAUUGUUGUCAAUGCGGAAGACAAAAACCGAAAAGUCUGUGGUGGAAAUUUUAAAUACGUGUAUUUAUUUUCGUUUUCGCAACAACAAUAAGCCAUCAAGCGAAGUGCUGAAAUAGUCAAUUUACAAUUGGAGCUGCCGAGAAGUCUACAAACACAAAUAUAUACAUAUAUAAAAUAUAAACAUUUUGGCGUAUUUUCCAGUUGAAAUGGAAGCAGAGAGCUGAAAUAUGUAAGAAUAGGAAUAAAUUGCUGCAAAUUGCUAAAAAUAAAAAUGAGAAAACCAGCGAAAACAGAAACCCAAUAACUCAGACUCAAAGGUGGAAAUAAAACCAAGCGAUUUUGAGGCCCAGUCGAACGUGGAAUCGACUUGACCCACAGCGGUGCACGAGCAGAAAGAGACAGACACACCGCCGUAGAACGAGAGGCAGCGACACACGAUGCGUGUGGCUGGGUGGCUCAGAGGUGGCUUAAUGCUCGCCCUGGCCGUAAUGGUAACGCAGGCACGUUUCAUUGCGAAAAGAGAAACCGCCGGCUUGGAGCAGGCGGUGGCUUCCACCUCCAAUGACCCUGACAUGGUUAAGGCGCCCAGGGAAAGUGGGAGCGCCAGGGAACCGGUUGAAAUGAAGGGAGAAUCUAGCUCACAAACCCAUAUUGGAGAUGAAGGAAGCGCAUCAAUUGUGGAUCAAACUGAAAGCCAAACUGCUAGUCCGAAAGAGAAUCUCAAAGUUAAGGAAACGACGGCAGAUGAGAGUAGGACUACCACCGAAAGAAUGAUAGCUAAAGAGCAACUCAAGCUGAAGGAGUCUGCAAGCACGGAACCUCAGUUGAAGGCAGCUCCAGUGGAUACGGAUACAGAUAUGGUUAAGGAAGAGUCCAGCAUCACAACCACGUCUCAGUUGGAUCAGAACCCAACCAAGGCGACAGCUAAGGAGUCUACCGAAGCUCCUUUAAAGGAAGAAACUCUUUUGAAAGAGGUCUUAAACACAAGCACUGAACAUAUUUUGUUAACCGAGAAAGCACCUGAAAAAGAUGUGGUCAUAACGAAGCCUUCCUUAAGAGAGGCUCAAACUGAGUUGAAGGAUGAGGUCGCAGAAUCUGUGGCCACCAUUCCUUUAAAACCCUUCUCUAUUGAAGUACCAAACACCACAGAGCGAGUGGUCAACGCCACAACCACUCGUUCUUCCGAUCAUGGCCGAUCCAUGCAGUACUCAUCCACCACUGAAGAAUCAAACCGAUCCCCUGCUGCAGUUACACCCAUGAAAUUGAGGCCACUACCCAUGACUUCCACACCAGUCAGCACCACUUCAACAUCGACGCCAUCGCCAACCACGCCAUUUGUGUUCGCCUCCAAUGAGAAUGUCAUCGAGGAGUCCACCUCAAAGUCAGAGGUGCGCCAGUUGCCGGAGAAGCGAGCCAAGUUUAUAAGUGAAAACUCCACGAAUGCCCAGCAACUUACACUGCCCAACACGGCUGAGGUUUGGAGUCUGGCUGCAAUGAAGGCGGUGCCCAAGGCAUCGCUAACUACCACAACGAUCGUGCCACUCCUCAAGCACACUGAUCUGGCGAAUGAUAUAGACAUGCCGCUCAACAAAUCGGAGCUGCACAAGGAGAAGAAUCUCCUGGAUUGGAUGAACAUUGCCAUGUUACCCUCGACGCCCGAGAAUCGCACUGAAUUUGUGGUCCGAACCACUCUGGAUGCCACCGAGGGCGCCACACAGGCUACCACCGAAGCUUUGGCAGAGAAGGGCCACCACAAAGAUGAUAUUACAGUGGGAUUGGAACUGGAUAAUGUCACAACAGCAAGGACAAUACCUUCAACACCUGAUCCUGGUUCCAUGGACCUGAAUAUGACGACUACUACGCAACAACUGGAAGUUCCAAUGGUGAAACAGAUGGCCGAUGUUGCUAAUGCCAAGUUAACAGAGGCGAUUACAGAGGCUCAAAGGGAAACAGAAGUGGCAACAGAGGCUGCAACAGAGGCGGCAACAGAGUCUGCAACAGAGGCGGCAACAGAGGCGGCCACAUCGGUUACAUUACACGAGCAACUUGCAACAUCUGCCGUAACAGCGAGGGUUGAUUCAAAAAAUGCUACAACAGCAGCAGCAGAGUCGGGUGAAAUGUCUAAGGCAAAUUCAACAGAUACUAGCACAACUACUACCACAGAAAGGCCAGUAUCUGUGGAAGAUGUAACCGCUGAGCCAGACUUGGAAGUAGCAACAUCACAGGCCACAACAUCUGCAACAUCAAGUAAAGUUACAGAGGCAGCAGCAACAUCAACGAUAAGUGCAGCCACUUCAGUUGUCUCAGGGGCAGCAACAGCAGCAGAUGCAUUAGCAACAUUCGAGGCUACAACAGCUGCAACAUCAAGUGUGGCAGCCACCCGCAGCACAACCGAAAUGGCCACAAAAGCGACUGAAAUUAAUAACAUCAGCAACAGCAGCAACAGCAGCAACAUCAGUAACAUCAGCAACAACAGCAACUACAGCAACAACAGCAACAUCAGCAACAGCAGCAACAACAGCGACGGCUAUGACGAUAACAGUAACGACGUCAUCAUUGCCACAACCAAAUUUCCAGAGAGCGCGCAGGCAGCAACAACGACAACGGCAGGCGUGGAGCCAACAGCGACGACGACGGUUAGUGUGCGAGUGGCUGGCGAGGUGAGCACUUCGAUUCGGCCAGAAAUCGUAGUUACCAGUAGUACGCGGAGCGGUGCGAUCGCGGGUACAAGUACAGCGGCGACAAGUGUAGCAACACCCACGCAAACGGAAAUUGCGCAAAUUAGCAAUGAAGUGAACUUGGAGGCAGUGGCAGUGAAGACGCGCGACGGAGACGGCUACGGCAAUACGAAUGAGCUAAGAACAGCUGAGAAAACCGAUAACGCGGUCAAUAACAGUGUGGCCAUAACAGAGAGCGACUUGGGGGCAUUGGCAACAGCAACAGCAACAGGGGAAAGCAACCCCACAACAGCCACCAGUCUGCUUAGUGACGUGAGCCAGCUGAGCAAACUGAGCAAGGAGCACGAGUCCUCGCUGGAGACCAACAACAUCGGCGAGGCGUCUCCCGAAUCGACGACGCCAUCAGCAGCAACUGCCACUGUUGCUGUUGCAACGGAUGAGAGCACAGCGGCGGCAGCAACAGGUGGCCAACAGGAAAUCGAGCGGGAGGGUCAACAUCAUGAUGGGCAACAGGUGGUUGAUGCGCAGGACACAGAGCAGCAGUUAGCCAAGACAACGAUGGCGGUGACAACGACAACGACAACAACCAGUGCUACAACAACUACCAGCAGCACAACAACAAGCACAACGGAAACGCCCUCAACCACGACAACAAUGCAGCCGGUGGAGAUAAGUCUGCUGGACGACAGCACCACCAGCAGCACCACAACACCUGCACCACCCACGCGGGUAUACUUCGAGUCCUCCACGGUGGCCAGCACCAGCAGCAGCAGCACCACCACCAGCAGCAGCACCACAAGCAGCAGCACCACCAUGCUGCCGGACACGUCGCCGAGUCAACUGCCACCCACAUACAUGGCCCCGUAUCCCAACGAACUGGACCACAUGCAGACCAAUGCCCAGGGCAAUGGGACGGACGUGAAUGUGAUCAUAGCCAUCACGGUCAGCGUGAUUGGUGUGGUGGCCCUCAUCCUGCUGGUGGCCUUCCUCUACUUGAUGCGCAAGCGCCAGAAGCAGACGUCCUAUGGCCAAAGAUGUCGUCCCGUGAGCUUGGAUGCCUACUCCCUGGACAACGUUUCCGUGCUGGGCAGUGUGCGGCGCAAGGGUCGCGACGUGCGUGCCUCCAAGCGGACCUAUGGCAACGCCGCCUUCGAUGAUCCCUCGCUGCGGCACAAUCUCCUGACCGCCAGUGAGUUGGCGCGCUUUGCGGAGCGACGCUCCGACGUCUUCGAGGAGUUCCGCGACGUGCCGCAGAUCAUCGCCAGGGCGGACGAAGUGCCUCCUGGUUGUGAGGACAAGAACCGCUACGCCAACGUGAUUCCGCUUCCUGAGACGCGGGUGGUGCUCCAGCGGCAAGGCGAUGAUGACAAAACGGAAUACAUUAAUGCAAAUUAUGUGCGGGGCCCCCGAGAUGCGCCCAACUACUACAUCGCCUGCCAGGCGCCGCUGGAGAGCACGACCAGCGAUUUCUGGCGCAUGAUCUGGGAGCAGCAGUCGCGGGUGAUCGUCCAGGCGACGGAUCUCAGUGAGAAUGGCAUUGAGCGGUGCGCCGAGUACCUGCCACCGUCGGCGACUCUGGACAACCACAGCAGCUAUGGCGAUUACCAGGUGACCCUUAAGCAUCGCGAGGUCAAGGAUCGCUAUGCCAUUUCCACAUUGGUACUAAAGCGCGUGGAUGGCGAGGAGAGCCGUGAGCUCACCCACUACUGGUACAAAUGGCCGGAGGCGGGUGUUCCGGCCGAGGAGGCGCCCAUCAUUGCCAUGCUGCUGGAGGCGCGCUCCUCGCUGAAGUCCUACUGCCUGGAGCAGGCCAACGAGCUGCGCGAGAAGUCCGCCACCCUGGAGACGUCAAUGGAUGCGGACGGCAGCAAAGCCGAGGCGGGCAGCACGUCCAGCCACGAGAUUAAUGGCAACAUUUCAAGUCGAAGCGCCACGCGAAGUCAGCAGGGACCGCUAACCGUUCACUGUUCUCCAGGCACGGGACGAACCGGUACCAUUAUAGCGUCGGACAUGGCCAUCCGCAGUCUGGAAACGCCGAAGCGGUCCGUGGACAUCCCCCAACUGGUUUACUACGUGCGACGGGGACGUGCCAGCGCCGUGCAGACCAAGGAGCAGUAUGAAUUUAUCUACAAGGUGGCCAGCAUGUAUGCGGCCAAGAUCACAAAUCUGUCCAACGACAACUGAAGGCCAAGGGGCGGAUGGCUUUGGCGGCAGACCCCAUCGAGUGGAAACCGAAUUUUCGAUUGAUUUCGCCUUUCCAGCACUGAUCCAUGGGACCCCCUGUAAUAAGUAGUAGCUAUAUUUUAUACGAAAUAUUAGUGUAAAUUAGUAUUAUUAGUAUGCUUGAAUGUUGGCACCUAUUUAAGCGUCGUUGUAUGUCGGGCUUUAAAUAUCAUUUAAAAUGUAUGUAUUCCUUUAUUAUUGUGAUAUAAUCGUACAUUCGUAUAUCUCCUGAUAAUCUGUUGCAUAUUUAUAAUGUCAAUUUUUGUUUUUUGCACUGUCCCGAGUUCCGGGGCCAUAUAAUCCGGAGCAAAUGAUAAUUAUUUGGAGCUCUCCUUGUUUUAAGAAAGUCAAAUAUGUAAUCAAAACAAUGUGUGUAUCUAUUUUAAACGAGCUUUAAUGUACGUAAGUUAUUUUAAGUCUACAUCGAGCUGUACUCUACUCAUAUUAUUGUAAAUUACAAGAAAAAUAUGUUCAGCAGA